AGGAAACGCAAACCGCGUUUUUAUAAAGUUCAGCCAUGAACUUUCGAGAAGGACUUUUCAUUGUGUUUUACCCAGUAGGUAUUAUAUCAUUGUCGGUCGUAUUUGGUGAUCAUGAUACUUCUAAACGAGAGACACGGACGCAAAAUGCUACUCUGUACGACUCAAUUUAUGGCUACAACGAAUUUAAAAGAUUGUACCCAACGAAAGAAACAACGCUGUGCUAUGAUAGCUCUGGUGUCAACAUAAAUGGCUCAGUAUUCAUGAACUUUACAUGUCCACUUCCUGACCAGGACAAAGGACUAACAGACUGCUGUAACAAUACCUGUUGUAGGCCAAAGAUUGUCAAGAAAAGUAAAGGCAGCGAUAGCACUGUUGCUGUGGCGGUGGUUGUCAUUGCGGUGUGUGCGGUGGUGAUAUCUUUCUGUGCCGUUCUCUACUACUGUUAUCUACAGAGAAGGCCAGGGAUACGGGACGGAAAACUUGUCUGGAUCAAACGGAAAAAGAAGAAAAAUGUGUAUGAGCAGGGAGGAGCGUCUUCAGGAACCGGAAAUGCUGCUGAUGAUAACGAGAUGGAGGAUGUGCUUGCCGUUGUGUAUUCUACAGACGAAAACGGUCAUGUGCUGCAUCAUUCUCAUGACACACCGCAUGACACGAAAAAUGUAGAGAAGAAGGUUUUCUUACUCCCCGAGGAAUUGGUGGAGAAGAUAGAAAUGGACAUGCAUGAGGGAUCCUGCCCCAGAAGUCGCAGAGGAAGCCAUAGCUGGUUAUCAUGAGAACUACACUACAGGAAAAGAAGGAAAUAUGCUUUUAAGUAUGAAAAUUGUUGAUGGGAAUCAAAAGCGUAGAGAGACAGUUGUCCAUUUCAUAUGAAGCAUUUUUCUUUCCAAUGACCCUGUACACUUCAAAGGUGUACAAAAGUCAAUAUGCAUGUCUUGCAGUAAAGAAUAAAAAGGGAUAUGUUUCUUCAACUGAAAUAAUAGUUUAUACUGUUUACAAGGAAAUUUUCGCCCCCGUUUUAUUUUCGCCUCUUUUGCCCUCGUUUGAAGUGGGCAAAUUUAAAACGGAGUGAAUUCAAAGUAAACAGUAUUAUAUCUUAAACAAAUCUGUUUCUUGGCAUAUUUUAAUUGUUUGCAAAUGUGAAAGGGCGAAAACAACACAGUGCGAA